CGAGAGAGAAGGACGUGCCCUGGGGAGCCCCUGCCCUCGGGGGGCUUAGUGGGCCAAUCCGAGGAGUCCCCAGGAAUCCCCAGGAGCCCUCGAACCCCCCCAACCCCAGCGGGAGCCUUCCCCCUUCUCCAGAUCGAGGGCAGGACAGGUGCGGAGACUCACCGGCCCGGAUUCACUCCACCUCCUUUGGGACCCCCAGGCCUAUGCCUGCCGGGACCGCCGAGACCCCGGUCGUCAACUGACUGAGAGCCGCUCCGGAGCGAUGCCCCCCGGCGCGCCCCUGGCCCCGGCCCUGGCCCUCCUGGCGCUGCUGGGGGUGGCGGGAGCCGGCCCCUUCUCCCCCCGCGGCAACGGGUCGGCCCCGGCCCCUCGUCCCCCUCCCCGACCGGGGAGCCGGGCGGGGGGCUCGGCCGCCCAACUGUACGAACACACGGUGGAGGACGGGGAGAAGCAGGUGGUCUUCACUCACCGCAUCAACCUGCCCCCCGGGGCGGGCUGCGGCUGCCCGCCGGGCACGGAGCCCCCGGCCUCGGGGACGGAAGUGCGGGCCCUGCAGGCCCGGCUGGAGGCCCUGGAAGAGCUGGUCAGAGGCCUCAGGGAGCAGUGCGCGGGGGGCUGCUGCCCACCCGGCGUCGCCCAGGCCGGGACCGGCCAGACGGACGUCCGGACCCUGUGCAGCCUCCACGGCGUGUUCGACCUGAGCCGCUGCGCCUGCUCCUGCGAGCCGGGCUGGGCCGGGACCACGUGCUCGGAGCCCGUCGAGGCCGGGCCUCCGGCCCCGGGCUCCUCCCGGCCGCCCCCAUCCUCCGGCCUGUCCUCGCCCGCCUCCUGCCCCGACGACUGCAACGACCAGGGCCGCUGCGUCCAGGGCCGCUGCCAAUGCUUCCCCGGCUACUCGGGCCCAGCCUGCGACCACCCGGCCUGCCCCGGGGACUGUAACCGACGCGGCCGCUGCCAGGCCGGACGCUGCGUCUGCCGACCGGGCUACGUGGGCGAGGACUGUGGGAGCCGGGCCUGUCCGCGGGGCUGCAGCCAGCGGGGCCGCUGCCAGGACGGGCGCUGCCUCUGCCAGCCGGGCUACACGGGCGACGACUGUGCCCGGCGGACCUGCCCGGGAGACUGCAGCCAGCGGGGCCUUUGUCAGGACGGGCGCUGCGUCUGCGACCCGGGCUAUACGGGCGAGGACUGCGCCCAGCGGAGUUGCCCGAGAGGCUGCAGCCAACGGGGCCGGUGCCAGGACGGGCUCUGUGUCUGCGAUCCGGGCUACACGGGCGAGGACUGUGCCCAGCAGAGUUGCCCGAGAGGCUGCAGCCAACGGGGCCUGUGCCAGGAUGGGCUCUGCAUCUGCGACCCGGGCUACACGGGUGAGGACUGUGCCCAGCAGACCUGCCCGCAGGACUGUAGCCAGCGGGGCCAGUGCCAGGAUGGGCUCUGCGUCUGCGACCCGGGCUAUACGGGUGAGGACUGUGCCCAGCGGAGUUGCCCGAGAGGCUGCAGCCAGCGGGGCCGGUGCCAGGACGGGCUCUGCGUCUGCAACCCGGGCUACAUGGGCGAGGACUGUGCCAAGCGCAGCUGCCCACGGGGCUGCAGCCAGCGGGGCCGCUGCCAGGACGGGCGCUGCGUCUGCCACCCGGGCUACGCGGGCGAGGACUGUGGAACCCGCACUUGCCCCCACGGCUGCCGGGGCCGCGGGCGCUGCCAGGCCGGGGUCUGUGUCUGCAACCUGGGCUUCACGGGCGAGGACUGUGGGGCGAGGAGCUGCCCGGGGGACUGUCGGGGCCGCGGCCGCUGCGAGAACGGGCGCUGCGUGUGCUGGCCGGGCUACGGGGGCGACGACUGUGGCACCCGGAGCUGCCCCCACGACUGCCGGGGCCGCGGGCACUGCCAGGCCGGGCGCUGCGUCUGCGAUGCCGGCUACACGGGCGACGACUGCGGGGCGAGGAGCUGCCCGGGCGACUGUAGCGGGAGAGGCCUCUGCCAGGACGGGCAAUGCGUCUGCGACCUGGGCUUUGCCGGCGAGGACUGCAGCACCCAGAGCUGCCCCCACGACUGUCGGGGCCGCGGACAGUGCCAGGCCGGGCGCUGCGUCUGCAACCCGGGCUUCACGGGCGAGGACUGCGGGGCGAGGAGCUGCCCGGGUGACUGUAACCGGCGGGGCCUCUGCCAGGACGGGCGAUGCGUGUGUGAGCCGGGCUACGGCGGGCCUGCUUGUGGCACCCAGACCUGCCCCCAUGACUGUCGGGGCCGCGGGCGCUGCGUCCAAGGCACCUGUGUGUGCCAGGAGGGCUACGGCGGCCCUGACUGCGAGCCGGUCGGGGCAGGCCAGGGCUGCCCGGGGGGCUGCGGGCCGCGGGAGUGGUGCCAGGCCGGGCACUGUGUCUGCGUGGAAGGGUUCCACGGGCCCGACUGUGCCAUCCAGACGUGCCCCGCCGACUGCCGGGGCCGUGGCCUCUGCCGUCAGGGACUCUGCCUCUGCCACGAGGGCUUCGCCGGCCUGGACUGCGGAGAAGAGAUCCCUCAGGUGGAAGGGCUGAGACUUCACCUACUAGAGGAGACGACUGUGAGGACCGAAUGGACCCGGGCCCCGGGGCCCGUGGACUCCUACGAGAUCCAGUUCACCCCCACGACGGAGGGGAUGGGACCCCCCUUCUCAGCCCGCGUGCCCAGCUCGGCCUCGGCCUUCGACCAUAGCGGACUGGCCCCGGGACAAGAAUACAACGUCGCGGUCCGGGCCCUGAGGGGACCCAGCCGGGGCCCACCCACCUCGCAGACCAUCACCACCAUGAUCGACGGGCCCACCGACCUGCGGGUGACAGAUGUGACACCGACCACCCUGCAGCUGGCCUGGCUGCGGCCCCGGGCCGAGGUGGACCGCUUCGUCGUCUCCUACGUGAGCGCCGGCAACCAGCGGGUGCGGCUGGACGUGCCGCCUGAUCAGGAAGGGGUCCUGCUGGAGGACCUGAUGCCCGGCGUGGAGUACGUGGUUACCGUCACCGCCGAGAGAGGCCGGGCCGUCAGCUACCCGGCCUCCGUCAGGGCCAACACAGGCUUCUCCAGCGCCACGGACGAGCCCCCGCCCCGGGGGCUGCCCCCACCACCCACCACGCAGGGGGUGGCGACGACCCCAGUGGAGCGCUGGGGGCUGCUGGGGAAGCUGAACGUGACGGACGCGGGGGCCGGCCGCCUGCGGGUCACCUGGGUGGCCCGGCCGGAGACCUUCGACCACUUCUUGCUGCAGCAGUCAGUGGUUGGAGUGCCCGGGGCCCGCGAGGAGACGGUGCCCGGCGAAGCCCGCGAGGCCCUCCUGCCCGCCCCCGGCACCGACUACGAGCUGCACCUGUCCGGGGUGUCUCCUGAUGGCCGGAGCACCACCCCACUCAUCUAUCGGAACCACACAGCUCCGGCAAGUGGAGAAGCCCCUAAGGCGCCCCGCCUCGGGGAGCUGUGGGUGUCGGACGUGACCCCGGAUUCGCUGCGCCUCUCCUGGACGGUCCCCGAGGGCCGCUUCGACUCCUUCAUGGUCCAGUACAAGGACGCCAAGGGGCGGCCCCAGGCGGUGCCCGUGGAGGGGCCCGAGCGCUCGGUCACCAUCUCCCCCCUGGACCCCGCCCGCAAGUACAAGUUCAACCUGUUCGGGCUCCUGGGCAAGAAGCGCGUCGGCCCCAUCUCCACCGAAGCCAAGACCGCUGCCCGGAAAGAUCCUGGCCCAGGGGCUCUGGGCCGCCUUGGGGAGCUGUGGGUGUCGGACCCGACCCCGGACUCGCUGCGCCUCUCCUGGACGGUCCCCGAGGGCCACUUCGACUCCUUCCUGGUCCAGUACAAGGACGCCAAGGGGCGGCCCCGGUCGGUGCCCGUGGAGGGGCCCGAGCGCUCGGUCACCAUCUCCCCCCUGGACCCCGCCCGCAAGUACAAGUUCAACCUGUUCGGGCUCCUGGGCAAGAAGCGCGUCGGCCCCAUCUCCGCCGAUGGAACCACCGCCCCGCGAGACGAAGCGACCCCUACCCUCCGGGCCCCGGAGCCCCGCCUGGGUGAGCUGUGGGUGUCGGACCCGACCCCGGACUCGCUGCGCCUCUCCUGGACGGUCCCCGAGGGCCGCUUCGACUCCUUCCUGGUCCAGUACAAGGAUGCCAAGGGGCGGCCCCGGGCGGUGCCCGUGGAGGGGCCCGAACGCUCAGUCACCAUCUCCCCUCUGGACCCCGCCCGCAAGUACAAGUUCAAUCUGUUCGGGCUCCUGGGCAAGAAGCGCGUCGGCCCCAUCUCCGCCGAUGGAACCACUGCCCCUCAAGAGGAAGAGACCCCAGCCACGCAGGCCCCGGAACCUCCCCGCCUCGGGGAGCUGUCGGUGUCGGAUGAGACUGCAGACUCCCUGCGCCUCUCCUGGACGGUCCCCGAGGGCCACUUCGACUCUUUCGUCGUCCAAUAUGAAGACUCGGAUGGGCGGCCCCAGACCGUGCGGGUUGGGGGCGACCAGACUGAGGUCACCAUCUCUGGCCUGGAGCCCGACAGGAAGUACAACAUAAACUUCUAUGGCCUCCACGGCCAAGAGCGCGUGGGCCCUGUCUCUGUCAUCGGAGAGACAGCCCCCGGAGAUGAAGAACUACUGACUUCCGAGCCUCCCACGGAGCCCCCCUCCGAGCCCCGUCUGGGAGAGCUGUCGGUGACUGACGAGACCCCAGACUCCCUGAGCCUCUCCUGGACAGUCCCCGAGGGCCGUUUCGACUCCUUCGUGGUCCUGUAUCAGGACGCGGACGGCCGGCCCCAGACGGUGCGGGUCGGGGGAGACCAGACCGAGGUCACCGUCUCCGGCCUGGAGCCCGACAGGAAGUACAAGCUGAACCUCUUCGGCCUCCACGGCAAACAGCGCGUGGGCCCCGUCUCCGUCAUCGCCUCAACGGCCCCCCUCCCAACAGACCCCAGCUCAGAGGAAGAAGAAGAAACCACAGUGGCAGCCACUGAGGCCCCAGAGCCCCCCCGGCUCGGGGAGCUGUCGGUGUCGGACGUGACCCUGGACUCCCUGCGCCUCUCCUGGACGGUCCCCCGGGGCCGCUUCGACUCCUUCGUGGCCCAGUACAAGGACCGGGAUGGGCGGCCCCAGGCAACACCUGUAAGGGGUGACCAGACGGAGGUCACCAUCUCUGGCCUCGAACCCAACAGAAAGUACAAAUUCCUCCUCUUCGGACUCCACGGGGGGAAACGCCACGGCCCCAUCGCCGCCGACGCCAAGACCCCCCGAGUAGAGGAGAAGCCAGCAGUCCUAGGUGAGCUGUGGGUGUCGGACCCGACCCCGGACUCGCUGCGUCUCUCCUGGACGGUCCCCGAGGGCCGCUUCGACUCCUUCCUGGUCCAGUACAAGGACGCCAAGGGGCGGCCCCGGUCGGUGCCCGUGGAGGGGCCCGAGCGCUCGGUCACCAUCUCCCCGCUGGACCCCGCCCGCAAGUACAAGUUCAACCUGUUCGGGCUCCUGGGCAAGAAGCGCGUCGGCCCCAUCUCCGCCGACGGAACCACCGCCCCGCCGCCCGAGACGAAGGAGGAGGGAGUGACCCCUCCCAGGACCCCGGUGCCCGCGGCCACCGCCCCCCCAGCCCCUGCUCCCAGGCCCCGCCUGGGGGACGAGCUGAGAGUAACAGAUGAGACCCCAGACUCCCUGCGCCUCUCCUGGACGGUUCCCGAGGGCCGCUUCGACUCCUUCCUGGUCCAGUACCAGGAUGGAGAUGGGGGGCUCAAGGCGGUGCCCGUUGGGGGCGACCAGACCGAGGUGACCAUCUCUGACCUGGAGCCCCAAACGGCAUACACGUUCCUGCUCCGUGGACUGUCUGGGGAGGAGUUCGUCGACUCCAUCUCCGCUCUGGGCGAGACGGGCCACCCUGCUUCGACUCCAACCUCUAUGGUCUGGGCCCCCACCGAAGCACCGGUGCCCCCCGCAGAGCCCCGCCUGGGGCCACUGGUGGUGGUGGGCAAGACCCCGGACUCCUUGCGCCUCUCCUGGACGGUCCCUGAGGGCCGCUUCGACUCCUUCGUGAUCCAGUACAAGAAUGGGGAUGGGCAGCCCCAGGCAGUGCGAGUCAGGGGUGACCAGAGCGAGGUCACGGUCUCCGGCCUGGAGCCCGAACACAAAUACAAGCUGAACCUCUACGGCCUCCACGGCAAACAGCGUGUGGGCCCUACCUCCGUGGUUGGAGUGACAGCCCCCAGAGACGAGGAACUGCUGACCUCCGAGCCCCCCACAGAGCCCCUCAUGGAGCCUCCAACGAAGCCCCGCCUUGGGGAGCUGUCGGUGAUGGACGUGACCCCGGACUCCCUGCGCCUCUCCUGGACGGUCCACGAGGGCCACUUCGACUCCUUCCUGGUCCAGUACAAGGACGCGGACGGACGGCCCCAGGCGGUGCCAGUCGGGGGAGACCAGACCGAGGUCACCGUCUCCGGCCUGGAGCCCGAACAUAAGUAUAGGCUGAACCUCUACGGUCUCCAUGGGAAACAGCGAGUGGGCCCCAUCCCCGUGGUUGGGGUGACAGCCCCCAGAGAUGAGGAACCUCUGACCCCCGAGCCCACCACAGAGCCCCGCCUAGGGGAGCUGUCGGUGACGGACGUGACCCCGGACUCCCUGAGCCUCUCCUGGACAGUCCCCGAGGGCCGCUUCGACUCCUUCCUGGUCCAGUACAAGGACGCAGAUGGGCGGCCCCAGUCAGUGCGGGUCAGGGGAGACCAGACCGAGGUCACCGUCUCCGGCCUGGAGCCCGAACGCAAAUACAAGCUGAACCUCUACGGCCUCCAUGGCAGACAGCGAGUGGGCCCCAUUUCGGUGGUUGGAGUGACAGGCCCCAGAGAUGAUGAAGUGCUGCCCUCCGAGCUUACAACACAAUCUCCAACAGAGCCCCCGACAGAGGCCCCCUCAAAGCCCACCCUAGGGGAGCUGUCUUUGGUGGACGUGACCCCGGACUCCCUGAGCCUCUCCUGGACGGUCCCCGAAGGCCAAUUCGACUCCUUCCUUGUCCAGUACAAGGACGCAGACGGGCGGCCCCAGUCGAUGCGGGUUGGGGGAGACCAGACCGAAGUCACCGUCUCCGGCCUGGAGCCCGAACGCAAAUACAAGCUGAACCUCUACGGCCUCCAUGGCAGACAGCGAGUGGGCCCCAUUUCAGUGGUUGGGGUGACAGGCCCCAGAGAUGAUGAAGCGCUGACCUCCGAGCUCCCAACACAAGCUCCAACAGAGCCCUCCACAGAGGCCCCCUCAAAGCCCACUCUAGGGGAGCUGUCUUUGGUGGAUGUGACCCCGGACUCCCUAAGCCUCUCCUGGACGGUCCCCGAGGGCCAAUUUGACUCCUUCCUGGUCCAGUACAAGGACGCGGACGGGCGGCCCCAGUCGGUGCGGGUCGGGGGAGACCAGACCGAGGUCACCGUCUCCGGCCUGGAGCCCGAACGCAAGUACAAGCUGAACCUCUACGGCCUCCAUGGCAGACAGCGAGUGGGCCCCAUUUCGGUGGUUGGAGUGACAGGCCCCAGAGAUGAUGAAGUGCUGACCUCAGAGCUCCCAACACAAUCUCCAACAGAGCCCUCCACAGAGGCCCCCUCAAAGCCCACUCUAGGGGAGCUGUCUUUGGUGGAUGUGACCCCGGACUCCCUGAGCCUCUCCUGGACAGUCCCCGAGGGCCACUUCGACUCCUUCCUGGUCCAAUACAAGGACGCGGAUGGGCGGCCCCAGUCGGUGCGGGUCGGGGGAGACCAGACCGAGGUCACCGUCUCCGGCCUGGAGCCCGAACGCAAAUACAAGCUGAACCUCUACGGCCUCCAUGGCAGACAGCGAGUGGGCCCCAUUUCGGUGGUUGGGGUGACAGGCCCCAGAGAUGAGGAAGUGCUGACCUCAGAGCUCCCAACACAAUCUCCAACAGAGCCCUCCACAGAGGCCCCCUCAAAGCCCACUCUAGGGGAGCUGUCUUUGGUGGACGUGACCCCGGACUCCCUAAGCCUCUCCUGGACAGUCCCCGAGGGCCACUUCGACUCCUUCCUGGUCCAAUACAAGGACGCGGAUGGGCAGCCCCAGUCAGUGCGGGUCGGGGGAGACCAGACCGAGGUCACUGUCUCCGGCCUGGAGCCCGAACGCAAAUACAAGCUGAACCUCUACGGCCUCCAUGGCAGACAGCGAGUGGGCCCCAUUUCGGUAGUUGGGGUGACAGGCCCCAGAGAUGAGGAAGUGCUGACCUCAGAGCUCCCAACACAAUCUCCAGCAGAGCCCUCCACAGAGACCCCCUCAAAGCCCACUCUAGGGGAGCUGUCUUUGGUGGACGUGACCCCGGACUCCCUGAGCCUCUCCUGGACAGUCCCCGAGGGCCACUUCGACUCCUUCCUGGUCCAGUACAAGGAUGCGGAUGGGCGGCCCCAGUCCGUGCGCGUCGGGGGAGACCAGACCGAGGUCACCGUCUCCGGCCUGGAGCCCGAGCGCAAGUACAAGCUGAACCUCUACGGUCUCCAUGGCAGACAGCGAGUGGGCCCCAUUUCGGUGGUUGGGGUGACAGCCCCCAGAGAUGAAGAACCGCUGACCUUCGAGCCCACUACAGAGCCUCCUACUGAGCCCCCCUCAGAACCCCGCCUAGGGGAGCUGUCGGUGACGGACGUGACCCCGGACUCCCUGAGCCUCUCCUGGACAGUCCCCGAGGGCCACUUCGACUCCUUCGUGGUCCAGUAUCAGGACACGGACCGGCAGCCCCGGACGGUGCGGGUCAGCGGGGACCAGACCGAGGUCACCGUCUCCGGCCUGGAGCCCGACAGGAAGUACAAGAUGAACCUCUAUGGCUUCCACGGCCAAGAGCGCGUGGGCCCUGUUUCUGUCGUCGGAGAGACAGCUCCACAGGAAGAGAGUCCCUCCCUGGAGCCCCGCCUGGGAGAGCUGUUGGUCUCGGACAAGACGCCAGACUCCCUGAGCCUCUCCUGGACGGUCCCGGAAGGCCGGUUUGACUCCUUCAUCAUCCAGUAUAAGGGGAGGGAUGGACGGCCCCAGGCGGUCCCCGUGGCUGGCGACCGGACCGAGGUCACCGUCUCCGGCCUGGAGCCCAACAAGAAGUACAAGAUGAAUCUCUUCGGGUUCCUGGGUAAACAACGCGUGGGCCCUGUGUCUGUGGUCGGAGUAACGGAUAAAGAAGAGAUUCAAACAUCCCCAGCCCCAACCCCCUCUGAAGCCCCAGAGCCCCCCACGAAGCCCCGCCUGGGGGAGCUGUCAGUGACGGACGAGACCCCAGACUCCCUGAGCCUCUCCUGGACGGUCCCCGAGGGCCGCUUCGACUCCUUCCUGAUCCAGUACAAGGACUUUAAUGGGCAACCCCAGGCAGUGCCCAUCGGGGGAGACCAGACCGAGGUCACCGUCUCCGACCUGGAGCCCGACCGCAAGUACAAGAUGCACCUCUACGGCCUCCACGGCAAACAGCGCGUGGGCCCCGUCUCCGUCAUCGGAGAGACAGCUCCACUGCAGGAAGUGCCUGCUCCCACAGAGGCCCCGGAGCCCCCCGCGAAACCCCACCUGGGGGAGGUGUCAGUGACGGAUGAGACCCCAGACUCGCUGCGCCUCUCCUGGACGGUCCCCGAGGGCCACUUCGACUCCUUCCUGGUCCAGUACCGGGACGCGGAUGGGGGGCCCCAUAUGGUGCCCGUCGGGGGCGACCAGACCGAGGUCACCGUCUCCGGCCUGGAGCCCGACCGGACGUAUGAGAUGCACUUCUACGGUCUCUAUGGCGACGAGCGCUUGGGCCCCGUCUCCGUGGUAGGAAUGACUGCCCCGCAAGAAGGGAAGACCCCACCCACGGAGCCCCCGGAGCCCCCUGCGAAACCCCGCCUGGGGGAGCUGUCGGUGACGGACGCGACCCCGGACUCCCUGAGCCUCUCCUGGACGGUCCCCGAGGGCCGCUUCGACUCCUUCCUGGUCCAGUACAAGGACGCGGAUGGGCAGCCCCAGGCGGUGCGGGUCGGGGGCGACCGGACCGAGGUCACCGUCUCCGGCCUGGAGCCCGACCGGAAGUACAAGAUGAACCUGUUCGGGUUACGUGGCAAACAGCGCGUGGGACCAGCCUCCGUAGUGGGGGUGACAGCCCCUCAAGAGGAAGAGACUCCAACAACCAUCAGGGUCCCAGAGCCCCGCCUGGGGGAGCUGUCGGUGACGGACGAGACCCCGGACUCACUGCACCUCUCCUGGACGGUCCCCGAGGGCCGCUUCGACUCUUUCCUGGUCCAGUACAAGGACCGGGACGGGAGACCUCAGGUGGUGCCCGUCGGGGGAGACCAGACCGAAGUCACCGUCUCCGGCCUGGAGCCCAACCGGAAGUACAAAUUCCUCCUGUUUGGACUCUCCGGUGGGAAACGCCGAGGCCCCAUCGCGGCAGACGCCAAGACCCUUCCAGCCUCGAAACCCUCGCCCCGCCUGGGGGAGCUGACAGUAUCUGAUGCUACUCCGGACUCCCUGCGUCUCUCCUGGACGGUCCCCGAGGGCCACUUCGACUCCUUCCUGAUCCAGUACAAGGACGCGGACGGGCGGCCCCAGUCGGUGCGGGUCGGGGGAGACCAGACCGAGGUCACCGUCUCUGGCCUGGAACCAGCCAGGAAGUACAGGUUCCUCCUCCACGGGCUCUCCGGCAAAAAGCGCCUCGGCUCCAUCACCGCGGACGGCACCACCGUGGCCAUGGAUGUGGAGCCCACCCGCCCAGCCCCAGAGCCCCGCCUCGGGGAGCUGUCGGUGACGGAUGAGACCCCCGACUCGCUGCGUCUCUCUUGGACGGUCCCCGAGGGCCGCUUCGACUCCUUCCUGGUCCAGUACAGGGACACAGCCGGGCGGCCCCAGGAGGUGCCCAUCGGGGGAGACCAGACCGAGGUCACGGUGGCCGACCUGGAGCCUGACCGGAAGUACGAGUUCUUCCUCUACGGGCUGCGCGGCGGGAAGCGCCUCGGCCCCGUCGACGCCGUUGGCGAGACGGCCCCCCGAGAGGAAGAAGAGGAGCUCCCAACCCUUCCUUCAGUCACCGAACCCCCAGCCCCCAGGAUCGAGCCCCGCCUUGGGGAGCUGUCGGUGUCGGACGUGACCCCAGACUCGCUGCACCUCUCCUGGACGGUUCCCGAGGGCCGCUUCGACUCCUUCCUGGUGCAGCACAAGGACCGUUACGGGCGGCCACAGACGGUGUCCGUCGGGGGAGACCAGACCGAGGUCACCGUCUCCGGCCUGGAACCCGACAGCAUGUACAAGUUCCUCGUCUUCGGGCUCCGCGGCAGGAGACGCUUCGGGCCCAUCUCCGCCGACGCCACCACAGAGCCGGCCCCGGUCGGGGAGUUUGAAGGCCACCUGUCACAUCUGGUGGUGUCGGACGUGACCACGAGCUCCCUGCGCCUGAGCUGGGAAGCCCCGCCGGACAGCUUCGACGCGUUCGUGCUGCGCUACGGGGCCCUGCUUCCCGGCCUGCUGGAGCCUCCCCUGCAGCUGCGCGAGCAGAAUAUCCCGGGCUCGCGGCGCACAACCGUCCUCAAGGACCUGAGGCCCGGCACCCUCUAUACCCUCACCCUGGAAGGCCUGCGCCAGAACACCAAGGCCGACACCCUCCGGGGCUCCGUCCGCACGCUCAGCCCAGUGCUGGAGAGCCCCAGAGACCUCAAGUUCAGCGACAUCGGAGAGAGCUCCGCCAAGGUCUCCUGGACGCUGCCCCCGACCCGCGUCGAACGCUUCAAGAUCUCCUUCCAGCUGGCCGACGGAGGGGAGCCCCUGAGCGUGAUGGUGGACGGGCUGCGCCGCGAGGAGCGGCUGACGGGGCUGGUGCCCGGGGCCCGCUACGAGGUGACCGUGGUGUCCGUGCGUGGCUUCGAGGAGAGCGAGCCCCUCACCGGCUUCCUGGUCACCGUCCCCGACGGCCCCACGCUGCUGCGGGCGCUGAACGUGACCGACGGCGCGGCCCUGCUGCAGUGGCGGCCCCCCGAGAGUCCGGUGGACAGAUACGCCGUGCGGGUGACGGCCCCCGCGGCCCCGCCCCACACGGCGACGGUCCCCGGCAGCUCCGUGUCCUACCCCCUGCACAACCUCCGGCUCCAGACCAACUAUACGGCCACUGUCCGCGGCCUCCGCGGCCCCAACGUCACGUCCCCGGCCAAAGUCGCCUUCACCACCGGACUCAACGGCCCCGAGGACCUGCGGGCCCUCGAGGUGAAGCCUCGCUCGGCGCUGCUCACCUGGACCGAGCCCCAGACGUCCCCGACGGGCUACCUCCUCAGCUACGAUGCCCCCGGAGGGCAGACCCAGGAGGUGCUGCUCCCCGGCGGGGUGACCGCCCACCGCCUCACGGGCCUCUACCCCGACACCCAGUACAGCGUCCGCCUGCAGGCCGUGCGCGGCGGCAGCUUGACGCCCCCCGUGCUCACCACCUUCACCACCGGCCGCCUGAAGAUCCCCUUCCCCCGGGACUGCGGGGAGGAGAUGCACAACGGGCCCGCCCGCUCCCGCCUCGCCACCGUCUUCCUCAACGGCAACCGCGAGCGUCCCCUGGACGUCUUCUGCGACCUGGAGACCGACGGGGGCGGCUGGCUGGUGUUCCAGCGGCGCAUGGACGGCCACACGGACUUCUGGAGGGACUGGGCGGACUACGCCCAGGGCUUCGGGAACGUGUCCGCAGAGUUCUGGCUGGGGAACGAAGCCCUGCACAAUCUGACCCAGGCCGGAGAUUACUCGCUGCGGGUGGACCUGCGGGCCGGCCACGAGGCCGUCUUCGCCCACUACGACAGCUUCAGCGUGGCCGGCGCCUCCCAGUACUACCGCCUCCACCUCGACGGCUACCACGGCACCGCAGGGGACUCCAUGAGUUACCACAGCGGCAGCGUCUUCUCCACGCGGGACCGGGACCCCAAUAAUCUGCUCAUCCCCUGCGCCAUCUCGUACCACGGGGGCUGGUGGUACCGCAACUGCCACUACGCCAACCUCAACGGGCUCUACGGCAGCAGCGUCGACCACCAGGGCGUCAGCUGGCACUCCUGGAAGGGAUUCGAGUUCUCCGUGCCUUUCACCGAGAUGAAGAUGAGGCCCCGGGGCUACCUCCCGCCUUCCCAAGGGGCCUGAGCCCGCGGCCUCCUGGCCCU